UAAUAUGUAUGAGUACGAGCAUAUAUGCACAAAGUGCGAGAAUAGAUAUUUAAGUCGCUACCCAAUACCCAUACAAGUACAAUGACGAGUGCGAAUAAUUUUUAAAAAUCUAGACAUGAGAGUGAGUACUGUAGUACCCUACCCAAACUCUAUCCAUCGGUCAUUGCCCUCCCUCGGUGAGAAAAUCACCUUUCGAGUCAACCCUCUCCUGAAACAAAAGUGGACUCAUUGCCUCUGCUCAUUAAUUUUGGCCCUAGGCCCAAUUUUUAUUUUUGUUUUUGACGAGUAAAUCUACUAUUUUUAUUCAACAAAAAAGGGAGUCAUAUUCUGGGUAGAUGGAUAAAUAAAGUUGCAUAAUUUUACACAACAUUUCAGUUUCAGCCGUUUGAUUUAUAAGAAAAUGAACGAAUCUGAUUUGAAGUUGAAAAUCACUUGAUCCAUUUUCAUCUUCGCCGUGCCGGAAACCUCUUCCACCAGAACCCUCGCAUGAUGCCGCCGUCUCAGCCUAUCUCUACUAAUGUUUUGUUCAUUCCGGCGAGUGCCAGAGAAAAAUCAAUGGUGUCGCUGCUUUGUGCAAGAAUCUGAUAAAUGGCAAGCCUUGUGUAAUCAGAUUUUGCCAUUUAUGCCUUUUAAACAGAUAUGGGGAGGAAGCACAACAGGUAGUUCUGCUGGAUGACUGGAGUUGCCCAAAGUGCCGGGGCAAAUGCAACUGUAGCACAUGCAUGUAAGUUGUGUGUGAGUUUUCAGUUUAGCCUAGUGGUUUAUAUUUUGCUCCAUUUGUGUGCUAAUUUUGAAUGGAGAGAGAUUUUGUAGGAUAAAAAAAAGGUAAGAAGCCUAGCAGAGGAUGAGGACCUUUGUCUAGGAUGCUAUUGACGCAGCGUUCGAUGCUAGAGGACUCUGAGUCGGGCGGGUGAGAGUUGUGUCUGUAUUUUGGGGAUUGUGAGCUCGAGUUCCUUUUUUCUUUUCUAGGGCUUGGUACCUUCCUAAAGUCCAUCGUGUGUUGUUGGCUCAGGAAAGGUCAGGGCAUUAGUUUACUUUUACAUAAUAAAAUUGAUGUACUCAACAUUUUGAGAAAUUAAUGAAUGAUAUGUUUUCAGUCAUUUGUUUAUUGUUUAUUUAUGCUUUGAAAAGGGCUUUAUUUUCAGCAAAAAUUCACACGUAUUUUGAAAAAGGUUACUAAAGUGACACUCGAAAAAGUCACUUUAUUUUGUACUUGAUCAUUUAAUUGAAUGUUUGAUUAUUUGGUGGAUAUUAUUUAGUUCUAUCCAGACCCACUAAAUUCUCUAGAUAUAAUGGUGGUAUUGUUGCAUAAAUAAUCCUCGUUCUAUACUUAAUGGGGCUGCAUUCAUUCUUUUUUGUUAUAUCAAGUGUUCCGAGGUUUCUUCCCUGUGAAAUCAGGAUCUUAACAUGGAGGAAGGGGAAGUAGAGACUAUUUUGCGAGAACUAGUUCGCAAACAAAACUUGCGCAGUGGAGAGAACACCUUAGCUGUUGAGUUCCAGACUAGACUUUUGACCCUGCUCCGCACCGCUUCAGGACAUGAGUUGGUCCAUUUUACCUUUAUUCUUUUUUUAAUUUUGUGUGUGUUUGUUUUCUUUGAUUAAAGCAUGUUAUCUACAUCCCUUUGGUGUAGGUCUCCAUCCUUAACUACAAUAGAUGGGAACUGUUCAUGGUUGAAUGCUCUGGGGGAUUUAACUUUACAAUCUCCUCUUGUGCUUAAGGAUUUCCCUGUAGAAAUGCUCAAUGAAGGCCUCUCUGGGUAUUGUCACUUGAGUUUGUGUGACAAGCUUAGACUCCUGACUUUCAUCUGUGAUGAAGUUCUUAGCUCAGAGAAAGUGAGGAGUCAUAUUGAAAAGGAAAAUUUAAAUAUUGAGAAGUAGAGGAUAGAAGCCAAAGCUUUAUUUGCGGCUGCGAAGGAAAAGAUGAAAAGCUUGAAACAGAAGUUGCUGGAAGAGACAGCCAAAACUGUUCAUUCAAGUGGGCAUCCUGGGUCAUCGACAGAGCAAGAUGAUGUUGUCCUGAAGUUAACAAGUGAAGUUUCUCAAGCUCACAGUGAGAUGCUCGAGGCUAAGGGCAGGAUUCCUAAAAGGAAAAUUUAUGAUGCUACGAGGAUUGAGCCUCACUUUGUGGAUGGUAGAAAGGUCUUUUGGAAAUUGAAAUGUUUUGAAGGUGACGAUGCUCUUUUGCUACAAGACAUCAAAGUACAAGAAUGGGAUGGUAUUGCAACUGAUGAAAAGUGGUCUGUUUAUGGCCCGGAGAAGAAGAAUGACAUUGAUAAGUACAUUUCUUCAAGGACAAAGAGAAAUAAAUGUCGCUAGGCUCCUUACAAACUUUCGAAUGAAAGCAGUGAAGCUGAUAUGGAGAAUAAAGCUGAGCUGGUUUGUAAUAAGGAGUUGUAACUGAAAGUUAGCUAGCCUAGUUAGUUUCUUACUUGUCAUCAGUGGCAUAUGCUGUACCAGCUCAAUUGUAUAUAAACUCCUCUUAGACAUGUCAAUUGAAAAGAAUCAAAUUGAU